GUAAUCGCUGUAAACCUAUUUAUUGUUUUAGUUUUUUGUUUUUUUUAAAAAAACAACCCUUCAACCGGUGAUAGCACCAGCGACCAGGAAGCACGGCCAGGAAGUAGUUUUGCGGGGCCGUGUUUGAGUGACAGCUGUGCGGUGGUGACAGCCCACACGGGACGGCAGCCCGCAGAGCCGAGCCGAUACUCAAGAUGGCAGGUCUAUCUUUAUAUUUUGAAGAUGGCCACGACGAUUUGGAUGACUUUGGAUUCGAUGACUAUGGCUCAGAGUGCGACGGCAUCCGUAUCACAGCCUUCCUCGAUGCUGGACAAGACAACCUAACUCCUCUUGGGAGGCUAGAGAAGUAUGCCUUCAGUGAGAAUGUCUUCAACAGGCAAAUCGUGGCUCGUGGCCUGCUUGAUGUGCUUCGAGAGUUCAGUGACAAUGAAAAUGACUUUAUCAGUGUGAUGGAGACAGUUGCCAGAAUGUCAGAAGACGGAGAGCCCACAGUGCGAGCUGAACUGAUGGAGCAGGUCCCCAACAUUGCCAUGUUCUUACACGAGAGUCGGCCCAACUUCCCAGCUGCUUUCUCAAGAUACUUGGUUCCCAUUGUAGUUCGAUAUCUCACUGAUCCAAAUAACCAGGUGCGGAAGACCAGCCAGGCAGCGCUGCUUGUUCUGUUGGAGCAGGGCCUCAUCUCUAAAGCUGAUAUGGAGACCAAAGUUUGUCCAGUGCUGCUUGAACUCACUGAACCCAGCAGUGACGAUGACUACAAAAUCGAGGCAGUUGCUAUUAUGUGUAAAGUUGUCACCAUGUUGAGCAAAGACACAGUGGAGCAUCUAUUGCUGCCACGCUUCUGUGACCUGUGCAGUGACGCCAGACUCUUUCAAGUUCGCAAGGUCUGUGCAGCGAAUUUCGGAGAGUUUUGUUCUAUUGUUGGUCAGGAGGCCACAGAAAAACUAUUGAUGCCCAAGUUCUUCGAUCUGUGCUCAGACAGUCUGUGGGGCAUCAGGAAAGCCUGCGCCGAGUGCUUCAUGAUGGUCUCUAAUUCCACCUCUCCCGAGGCGCGACGUGUGACACUGUCCCCGCUGUUCAUCAGCCUCAUCAGUGACCAGUCUCGCUGGGUGCGACAGGCUGCCUUUCAGUCUCUGGGGCGUUUUAUCUCCACCUUUGCCAAUCCCUCCAGCACAGGCCUACACUUCAGAGAGGACGGUGCCCUACUAGAGGUCCCCAGAUGUACAUUGGACAGCGACUGCUCCCUAAACUCUCUGAACUGCUCGGACAUUAGUGGGUGCCACGCAGAACGAACCAUCGCACACACACCUCCCAAUCAGGAUGGCCGUGCCACACCGUCCCCAGAGCACGUGUCGACAACUGACAGUGAGGAAAUGCACAGCUUAGACGACAACCACACUUCUGUUCCCCGAGAGAUGCGCGGCGGCUUCACCCACACAGUAUCAAACAGCAACGCCAGCCCUACAACUACAAACAACGCUAAGAACACAAAAGAAACAGAGCACACAGACGAGAACUUUAAUUCUUUCAACUACUGGAGAUCUCCUUUACCGGACAUCAGUGGGGAACUGGAGAUGCUAAAUUGUCAAACAUCAGUGGGAGUGUUAGAGAAGGACGAAAAGGAGGAGGAGGAGGAACCUGAAGGUAAUUGUCCUGAUUCCAAGUCCAACCCUGGCAAAGCUACCAGCGACCAGAUCCAGAAGGUCUUGGACUGUUUGCAACCGCACAUGGAUGACCCCGAUGUGCAAGCUCAAGUCCAGGUGUUGUCAGCUGCUCUGAAGGCAGCUCAGCUUGACAGCCCAGCAGACGACAGCCCGGCUGAACCCGAGCCAGAAGAAGAGCCUGAGAACAACAGCGACAGCCCAACUGUGGAGACGAAAUCUGUGGAGGUGCAGUCAGAGAGUGAAGAGAGUCCCACAGAAGAGGAGCAACCGAUGGAAACUCCCCCAGCCUCAGAGUCGAGCCCUGUCCAGGAGCAAGGAGACGAAGAGACGCAGACGGAUCCCCUGGAGGACCAGGAGGACCAGGAAGAGUCUCCUCCUGACUCCCCUGUUCUAGAGUCUGAACUAAUUGAGAGUGUGGAGGAGGAGGGAAAGGAAGACUCUGCUCACAGCCCAGGGCCUGAGGAUAAGCCCAAGAUCCAGAAUGUCAUCCCCCAGCAGCUGUUGGAUCAGUACCUCUCUAUGACGGACCCGGCCCGGGCCCAGACGGUGGAUACAGAAAUAGCCAAACACUGUGCCUUCAGCCUGCCGGGGGUAGCGCUCACUUUGGGACGACAGAACUGGCACUGCCUCAAGGACACGUAUGAAACCCUCGCUACUGAUGUGCAGUGGAAGGUACGGCGUACGCUGGCUUUCUCCAUCCAUGAACUGGCAGUUAUUCUGGGAGACCAGCUGACAGCAGCUGAUCUGGUGCCCAUCUUCAACGGUUUCCUCAAAGACCUGGACGAGGUCCGCAUCGGCGUGCUCAAACACCUCUACGACUUCCUCAAGCUGCUGCAUGCAGACAAGAGGAGAGAAUAUCUGUACCAACUGCAGGAGUUCAUGGUGACGGACAACAGUCGCAACUGGAGAUUCAGAUAUGAGCUGGCAGAGCAGUUAAUCUUGAUCAUAGAGUUGUACAGCCACUACGACGUGUAUGACUACCUCAGGCAGAUAGCGCUCACUCUCUGCUCUGACAAAGUCUCAGAGGUCAGGUGGAUCUCCUACAAACUGGUUGUAGAGAUCCUCCAGAAGCUGUAUUCAUGUGGGGCUGAUGAUCUGGGCCUGAACUUCAUCAACGAGCUCACUGUCAGGUUCUGCCACUGUCCUAAGUGGGUGGGUCGGCAGGCCUUUGCCUUCAUCUGCCAGGCCGUAGUGGAGGAGGACUGCAUGCCCAUGGAGCAGUUCAGCCAGCACCUCUUGCCCAGCCUGCUCAGCCUCUCCUCAGACCCUGUGGCCAAUGUCCGCGUACUGGUAGCCAAGGCUCUACGGCAGAGUGUCAUGGAGAAAGCAUACUUCAAGGACCCUGGCUGUGCCUACUCUGACGAGCUGGAAGAGACUGUGAUGGCUCUGCAGUCCGACAAGGACCGGGACGUCCGCUUCUUUGCCAGCCUGGACCCCAAUAAAGGCUUGAUGGACACGGCUCCCUUGAUUUAGCCCCAGCUCCUGAGUCCCAUUACAGCCCACCUGCCUGUCUAUCUACCUGUCUGACUGAUGCACAGUCAGCGUAACCUGCAACACCAGCACCUGACCAGAUCCCCCAACCACUCGCCUGCUGGGCAGACCUGCACCAACGACCACUUGAGAAAUAUGUCAGAUGUUCAGAUAACAGUAUAAAAAAUGUGAGCAUGCUCAAACAACACGACCCAGUCUCUGGUUGGGCACUACAAUAGCGCACAUCGCAUUCACAAAACACAAAAUGCAUACUUUCUCAGAGUUUUCAGAAAAUGAGCAGGACUCAGAGGAUAGCUGCACCAUUUUGUGGGAGCUGCCACAUUUACGCCUGAACUUUUCCCCGCCCUGCUCCACACUAACAUUGACUCAAUCCUUCCCAAAUCACAGACUUGUAAAACUACGACGGGCUCUCUCUCCAAAGCUAACUGUAAGCUUGAUAUUAAAUUGCUGAAUUGAUUUUUUUUUUUUUUUUUUCUUAAUGCUUCUUUUUGUGGAUUUCUUAACGAACAAGCAGGCGAGGCCUGCCUGACUCUGACGUGUGCACUAACUCAGGGGGACUCAUCUAAACCUAAACAGCAUUAUUAGCUUACAUGAGAAGCAGCAGCUCCUGGAUCCCUGGUGAAAAACCUCCAGCUGUCUGAGCAACAGACCAGCCAAACCAAGUAGCUCUGCUGGUGUCUCUCGCCUCAUUUCAUCCUAAAUGCCUCCAUUGUCUCAGAGACCCUUUUUUUUGUCUUCUGAGAUGUCCUCUGGGUUAUUGUCUGUUUCCCUUCUACCUUCUCUUACUCACUCAUUUUUCUCUGCAUUUCUCCACCUGGUCGUCAUGGGCCGAGGAAACCACUACUACUGCACAGAAGGAACAGUGAUUCUGCCACUCAGCGUAACUCUUGAUUAAAACCAUAUCUUGACGUUUUGAAAGAACACCUAAAUAAACUGUCUGCUCCCCUCCCCUCCCCCCUGUGUCUGUUUACCAAAAAAUGUGACACAAUGCGUCUCCCGAACGGCAGGAGACUAAUGAAAUACCUCUGUGUGGACAUUAGUGGCCAGUGUGUCGUACAUGUAGAGGGACAUCCGCGGUUCGAACAGGCUCUGAAUGUCCUCGAUGGGUGAUUCUUUUUGAGCAAUGUUUUAUUAAAACAUCUUAACAAGGGCUCAUGAUGAAGUGACACAGGGUGACGUAGAUCUCGUAAAGAAGAGGAAGAAAGCAAGCACACUGUUGGAAUAUGCAUGUCCCCCACCCUACACCCCACCGCCCCCUGUGUAUAAUCUAUUCCAAGUUCCUUAAGGUUGACUUCCUGAUAUUGAAUUAUGUGACCAUGGUAGCUUUCAGUGGAUCUGACUGACCAGUUGUACAGUAGGAUAUAGGAAUGGCUGUGUUAGGAAACUGAAAGAGAGCUGAUCUUUAUUUCCCUGUCUUGGUGGAAUGAUUUAAAAGUAUGAGGUUUCUCAAAAACUCUUUUGUACAGCUUAAACCUGUGGAAAACAGUAUGUGUUCAUGGAACCGAGGCCAGUUUAGUCGGGUUUUCACCCAUCGAGAUGUGUGUGUGCGUGUGAAUAUUGGGAGCAGCCACCAAGUCACUUUUUUUGUAGUCUUUCAAGCUCGUUGGUUUUCCUCUGUUGUAAAUGGUAACCCUCCCUCCCCCCCAAAUUUUUUUUUUUUUUGAACAUAGACAUAACUUGAGAACUUAAGCUGAUUGUGGUGUGUGCUGUGCAUCUCAAGUCUUUCUUCCUUCGAAAGGAGAGCUCACUGCGGUAAUGGCGGUGUCUACUCAUCUCGUCUGUCUGCAAUUUGUGUCCAUCUCAUUUUUUAUGUAGUAGAACAGUUAAUAUAUACAUUUUAUGAAAAUUAUUUUUCUUUUCAAUUAUGCACCACUGUUCAAAGAUUUUAUAUCCUAACUUUACAAAAUUUACAACCUUUGUAAUAUUCAAUGGUUUCUUUUAAAAAGACAUUUUAUGUAAUGUUAUUUUUAGUAUUCUGUAAUUAAAAUGAUGAAAAUUAA